AUGGAAAGUGUAAAGGAAAGGGCUAUUUUCUUGCAUGUUUGUGUUCCAGGACAGGAAGAUAGUGCUCCAGACUUUACUGCAGAAUUUCCUUCGCUUGGACAGCUUGGAGAGGAUUUGGUUUGUGUUCUCGAUGAGGUUGAUGUCCGCACAUGUAUUGCUUUUGGCGAGGGUGCUGGUGCUAAUAUUAUUUCGAGAUUUGCAUUGGUUUGGCCAAAUCGUAUAAUGGGGAUUAUUUUGGUUAAUUGCACCUCGACGACUGGUAUUUUCUUUAAAAUUAUUUUUGGGGUUUUAUUAUCUGUAUUUAUAAGUAAUUGAUUUUAUCGAAGAUCCUGUCCACUUUUAAGUCUGUUUUGGUUCUUUGUUUUUGAAUUCGUUUCAAUUGGGCUUCUCCUAGUCCCUGGCCAAAUUGUUUAUGUUAGUUACAAGCGAAAUUUGUUUAUUGUUAGUUUAAUAUUUCUAUUAGCGUCAGCUUUUUUCAAAAAUUUUUUUGAUUAUGAUACAAUUAGCUAUUUACAUCAUUCUAUUAGGUGCG